CCAGUUUACAUAAUAUCUGUGGGGAGAGGCCUCUCUGAUCCGCUUGUGUCUUAUCAUUCCUUACUUUCUCUCCCUCUCUCUUGCUUUAACUUUGAUCCUUUUCUAUCAUUACUCAUUUCCCCUCUUACGUGUGGUCUCAGGAGCACUCCACAUUCACUCUCUCUCUCUCUAGCUAGGAAUCCCUAGCCCUUGCAGCUUUUCCUCAUGAGGGUACUUUAAACCCCCUCCAUUGUGUACCAUCAAAACAAAGAAACCUGCACCUCCCAAACUGAAACCCUCUUUCUCUCUCUUUCCUCUUUUCACACCAACAAGAAAGGAUCUCACUCAGAAAAUGCUCCUUCUCCCCUUCCACUUCUGUUCCAACCCCAUCAUCACCACCCUACCCCUAUUCCCAUAGCUUCCGUAUUUCACAAGCUGUUCCUGUUAGAAGAGAAAUGGAGUUCGGAGGGAACAUGUUCUGCCUUAACAACAGAGACCAAAAUGGAAACACUAACAACAACGGUAACACUUUCGCUUGGGAUUCAUGGGAAACCCCCGCCAAUAGUAGUAAUAAUAACAACAACAACAACACCAGUUCCAGACUGGUCAACGCUUUCCACCUUCCAGCCGCCUCGAGGGUCGCGGAGGCGGAUGGAUCCGUCCCCGCGACCCGUCAUGAAGCGGCAGGGCUGGCCAGCGCGCUCAUGUUCCUCCCUCAGAACGGCGGCGGUAUGCGUCACCGCCAGCAGCAGCAGCAUCCGUACGGUGGGGAUGGGUCCCACGUGCACCCGGAUCCACACCUCAUGUGCUUGAAGCUUGGGAAGAGGCAUUACUUUGAGGACACUAGCGGCAGUGGGAGUGGGAGUGUUGCUGCUGCUGCUACUUUGGGUGGAGGGUUGGUGUUGGGGGAUAAGAGAGGGAAAGGUUAUUCCUCCGGUGGUGGUGCAUCGGUGAAGGCGGCGGGGUUAACGGCGGUGACGGUGCCGAGGUGUCAGGUAGAGGGGUGCCACUUGGCGCUGCUAAACGCGAAGGAUUACCACCGGAGGCACAAGGUGUGUGAGAUGCACUCAAAGGCUCCCAAAGUUGUGGUCUUAGGCAUGGAACAGAGGUUCUGCCAGCAGUGUAGCAGGUUUCACGUGGUGUCAGAGUUUGAUAAUUCAAAGAGGAGUUGUAGGAGGAGACUAGCUGGUCACAACGAGAGAAGAAGAAAGAGCUCCCAUGAUUCUGUUGCAAGGAAUUCUUCAAAAGGGAUAAGGGUUAGACGUCUCAGUAUUUUAUUCAUCCCCAAGCAUACCCCGGGUGCACACUCAUCCAUAUAUAUAUAUAUAUAUAUAUAUAUAUAUAUAUUGGGGGCGUAUCACAUCAGUGGAAUGUUUUAUUGUGAGUGUAAGGGAUCAAAGUCUAAUCUAUAAAUCAUCCGCUUGUGGUCUGAAUUAAAAGUUAUACUGAUAAGAUUUUAAGUGAUUAUCGGAUAUCUUGAUAUAACUUCUACCAAUACCUAAAAAUAGUUGUCUCACCUGCAGAAUUUUGUAACAAAAGAGGGAAAAAAACUGCAGAAGUUUUAUUUUAGGUUACUUAUAAUAUUAAUAUGGUAGCUCUUGCAUAUAAAAUUUGUGAUUCAAACACUUGCACCAAUAUUAUGCGUACAUCUAGUAGUAAGAUAGAAAAACAUAAAAUAAAUUGUGGAUUAACGACUAAGUUUUUAGGCUCUAUAUUUAAUUAAUAUUAAGUCGUCAACCAAAUUAGUUUGUUGUCCAAGUUUUAAAUGUUUUUUUUUUUGUCGUGCUGAUUACCAUAAAUCAAAUAAUAAUUUAACAUGGCCUUCAUACUGAUUUGACAUCUAAUAUAAGGUUUAAUUACCCUUAAUUAACUCACUAAUAAUACAUUUUCUCUAACGAUUUUAUCCAGUUGAACUUCACAUGAAGGUCAUUUUAUAUAUAUUCUGAAUUUAUCAGUGCUGCAUCUAAUUGGAAGAUAAUGAUUUCAAAAGUUAAUAAAUUAUUUAAAGGUAAGAGCUGGACUUUGAUUUGAGAGGAUUGCAUUACAACAUAUUGAAUUUGCCUUCAAAGGAAAACUAUAUGUUCUGUAAGGUUACCACUUAUUACAUUUUUGCAUUCUAAUCUCCCUAUGUUUUACCCUUCAUAAUCUCACACUCAAGUGAGGGUGCUGAGAAACAUAAAUAAGGCGUAGAAGGUAUAAAAGUAAUCUUAACAUGCAAGUUAAUUUCUUUGAUGAUAGACAAGGUAUUAAUGGUUGGAGGUUUUCCAUAUAUAC